UCCCACCUUUCCCCUGUCGAAAACAAUAACACUGAUUUGGCGAAUGGUCACAUUAAGUCGUUCCGUUUUUUUCCUCUCAUUUCCGUCCGCAAAGAUUUCGUAUGGUUUCCAGCUCCUACCGCUUUCCUCCAACGCCAAUUCCCGCACGUUCGUCGCUUGACAUACAGGUUAGUUUUCUCGGCCCCCAUCCCCGUCCACACGCCCGGGCUUUAUGACAUUUAAAUCAUCAACGAUAUCAUAAUUUUCAUAUAAUUAUUGCUUCGGCAUCACCAUGACAGACCCGAUGGAGCCAAAAAACAACGUCGACGACGUGACUACUACGUCCUGUAAUAAAAGGAAGCUGUCUCCUGAAGUGAAUCCUGAACUUACUAAUGUCAUAAAAAAGUUAAAAGAAAGCAAAACGCAACCAGACACACUUUGCCAAUGUCCUCAGAAAUGUUCAGAACGCGUACCACAGCGAUCUAAAGAUGAGUUAUUUAAAAUGUUUGGAGAAAUGGAUAAUGAUGAUGUACAAAAUAAAUUCUUACAGAAGUUUAUUGAGGCUCGACCUGUCGCCAAUCGAUUGUUCAGCAAAGAAACAACUGCUAAUGGUAAAUUGUUAAGAAGGAUUCAUUGCAAGUAUAGAAUUCCAUCAAUUGUACCAGAGGAUUUUAUGUUAAAUAUAAAUUGUGAUUCUGAUAAAGAUGAAGAAUCAGAUUUUGAUGAAACCUCUUCAGUAACAUCAAUGGACUCUAAAGAAGAGAAUGACAAGACCCUAGAAAGUGAUUCGACUGAAACUUCCAGAAAAUCAUUAAGUCGAUACAAUUGUGUAGAUGUUUGUCAAAAAGCCUUUCUUAACUUAUUUGGUUUAUCAGAUAAACGUUUAAAAACUGUUAGAGAAUUAUUGAUUAUUAAAGCGCGUCAAAAGCACAUGAAACGUAUGAUGGAAAAAGAAGAAAACCAAAUAGAAGUAUCCUUAGCUAAGGAUCUUGCACAGGGUUGUUUGCCAUUAAUGGCACUUUUUAACAAAGAAGAUAGUAAGAAAGUAUCUGACCAAUUAAUGACUGCAAUAAGCAAUGACAUAAAUUUGGUCAAUAAUUUUUUUUGUAAUCAAUUAUGGAAACCAGAGUACAUCAAUCAAAAGCCAUCUGAAUGAUUAAAUUAAAUUUAGAUAUUUUAUUAAUUUAAUUUAUUGGU